UUCAGUUGUCUUCUGUAUAACGAAACAACCUUCGCCAAUCUUAGUAUGCAUGUUUGCCAUGCUGUCACGAUCCUAAUGUUUCCCUUUAAACUGUUAGCUUUCAACUUCUCCUCCAUUGCCAACGAACUAUUCCAAAAAUGCAACUCUUUAAACAAAGUCAAGCUUCUACACCAACAACUGAUAGUGAAAGGCCUUACAACCUCAUACCCAACGGAAUUACCCAAACUCGUGGGCAUGUACAUCUCCUGCGAGGCCCCAUCACACGCCCUUGCUAUCCUCUCCUGCCUCCAUCCCUCGCCGUCGUGUGUGUUCUGGUGGAACUCUCUUAUUCGACGUGCAGUGCGUCUCCAUUUACYUCACCAAGCUCUYGARCUUUAUCACARUAUGCAAUCCCUUGGUUGGCGUCCUGAUGGGUACACAUUUCCUUUUCUUCUCAAGGCCUGUGGAGAGCUCCCGUCGUUCCGUCAUGGUGCUUCAUUGCACGGAGUAGUUUGUAUUAUUGGGUAUGUAAAUAAUGUGUUUGUUGGAAAUGCGUUGGUGGCGAUGUAUAGUCGUUGUGGUGAUUUGGAUGGUGCCCGUCAAGUGUUUGACGAAAUGAUUCAUAGUGGGAUCGCCGAUGUCAUCUCGUGGAACUCAAUUGUUGCAGCUUAUAUGCAUAGUGGUGACUCGAAAAAGGCAGUGCAAAUGUUUUAUCGGAUGACAACCUAUGGAGAAGGCAAAAGUCGGCUUUGCCCCGAUGCCGUUAGCCUUGUUAACAUCCUUCCUGCUUUUGCUUCUGUUCUUGCAUCUCUGCAAGGCAAGGUGGCUCAUGCUUACGCUUUGAGAACUCAGCUCAUUGAGGAUUUAUUCGUGGGUAAUGCCAUGGUCGACAUGUAUGCCAAAUGUGGAUUGAUGGAUGAUGCCCACAAAGUGUUUGUUCAAAUGCAAGUAAAGGAUGUGGUUUCUUGGAAUGCAAUGGUUACCGGAUACUCCCAGAUAGGUCGAUUUGAAGAUGCUCUUGCCCUGUUCCAAAACAUCUCGUGGACGUCCCUCAUGACUGGGUAUGGAAUGCACGGUCGUGGUGUAGAGGCUCUUCAACUGUUUAAUGAGAUGAGAAACUUAGGUCUCCUAAUUGACGGUGUUACUUUUGUUGUCGUGCUCUACGCUUGUAGCCACUCAGGUUUGGUUGACCAGGGAUUGAACUACUUCGACGCCAUGACUAGCGAGUAUGGAAUUGUUCCUGGGGUCGAACACUACGCCUGUAUGGUUGAUCUUUUGGGUCGUGCUGGCCAUUUAGAGAAAGCCAUGGAGCUCAUCAGAGGGAUGCCUAUGGAACCCAGCCCGAUAGUGUGGGUGGCACUACUUGGUUCGUGUAGGGUUCAUACGAACGUAGAAUUAGGAGAAUACGCUUCUCGGAAGUUAUUAGAAAUCGGGUGUGAAAACGACGGAACAUAUACGCUUCUUUCCAACAUAUACGCGAAUGCGAGUCGCUGGAAAGAUGUUGCCAAGAUUCGGUAUUCGAUGAAAGAUUCGGGGAUCAAGAAGAGACCCGGUUGCAGUUGGGUUCAAGGGAAGAUGGGCACUGCAACAUCAUCGAACAUGAGAUAA